AUGGAAAACGGAAUGGUUAUGACAAUAGAUGAGAAGGCUCGUGUGGAUGCGCUUAUUCGGAAGUGCUUUCCUGAUGUGGAAGACUUUGAACAUUCCGUCAGCUAUUCAUUAGCUUUUCUAUCAAAUAAGAAGAGUUUCUGGUCGAAAAUCGCUCGUGUUUUUCUCCACUGGAAGGACGAUAAGCUUUCGGCAAAGUAUCCCAGAUCUGUUUUCAUCAAGAUUCCUCAUAUUUCUGAUAAUGUGAAAGGUACCGACAAAAGUGAAAACUAUUCUGAUGAAAGUGACGCUGCAGCCUUACUCAAACUAACUCAGUAUGAAGUAUUGUGGUAUGAACGGUAUGGGAACGACUCAAUACCACAUUUUCCGUUUCCGAAGUUUUAUGCGGCCGAAACAGUCAUUGAGCCGGGAACCGGUAUCAUUGCUAUGGAAGAUUUGAGUGAACGUGUGAAGGCAAUGGACUCAAUUCCGGGAUUCUCAUACGAGCAGGUGGAAAGGCUCAUGGAUGCUUUGGCUGGUUUUCAUUACCAUUUUAUAUCAAAAAAAGAUCAGUCAUGGGUGACCGAGUUCAAUCGAGUUGCGGAAAUUGAACCAGAAUUCCAAGAUCUCCAGCUUGUCGCAAUCAUCGACUUCCAAUUGCUGCAUACUGGCAACUUCGCUGAGGAUAUUGUUCGAGUUCUGAUUAUUUCAUUGUCACGUCACGAUCGCUGUAGUAUGACUGAAAGGUUUCUAAAGCGUUAUCAUGACACCCUUACACGUUUGUCCAAUGGAAAACCACCGUUUACCUUGAACAAGGUGUAUGAGGCAUAUGAUCGAAUCUUCCUGUACGCCUGUAACUUCGCAUUAUUUGGCCUCUCUAUCUAUCACGAUAUGUGUGAGGAUCUCGAAAAGGAUGAAGUCAGAAGGGUCAAAUUCCAAAAUGAACUUAUCGAUCGAGCCUAUGGAGUUGUGAUUGACGCUGAACGACUGCUAUUCUCGCAAAGUACUUAA